AUGGGCGCGAGCGAGGCGUCGGAGGCGGCGAGGGCGUGGGCGGAGAAGCGGCGGGAGGCGAUCGCGCGGGCGAAACUGCACCGCGCGCGACGCGAUGACGACGACGCGGCGCGGGCGAGCGCGCGCGCGAGACGAGAGGAGGAUGAACGAUUGCGACGAAACGUCGAGCGCGCGGCGCGGGAGACGCACGAACGUCGAGCGAAGCGGGAGGCGGAGGCGUUGGCGGCGAAGAUUCGAAAAGAUGUGGAGCUGGAGUUGCAGCGCGAGCGCGAGAGCGCGCGGCGCGAGCAGGAGCGGGCGUGCGCGGAAGAGGGCGCGAAAGCGGCGCGUGGGACGUACGUGAAGGUGGUUCCGGAUGGGACGCGAAUCGUGUUGAGCGAAGAGGUCGAGCUCGCGCCGGAGCCGGAGCGGAGAAAGGUUCCGGCGCCGUCGCCGAGACAGAGUCCGAAAAAGCCGACGUCGAGCGAACGCGCGGGACGAGCGAAGACGUCUUCACCGUCGAACGACGCGAACGCGGUGACGCCCGAGCCAGAGAAGAAGCGAGCGCCGAAGCCGACCGCGCGCGGGGUGAAGGAGUGGACGCCUCCGAACUCCAAGUCGAAGAGGCCCGAGGUGAAGUCGCGCGCGCCGCUCGUCGCCAAUCGUCCUUCGGCGGCGUCCAAGCCGAGAACGGUGAGUCCGCCAGAUGCUGCGCGAGCCCCUUCGUCUACGGCGACGAAAUCGGCUCGAACGACGCUCGGUGGGAGCAAACCAGCGGCGGACCGGCCGGCUACGUCCAAGCCGGGUUCGGUCGGGCGCGUUAGCAAACCGGCUGGAGCUCGACCGGGCCCGACGACUGCGUCGAGAAAGCGUCCGAUCGGAGGAGACAACGCUGGUGAUAAGAUGCAUCGUCAGAUGUUCGACAAGCGGGAGAGUCGACGCAUGAAUCGGCGACCCUUUGCCGCUUCCGUGAAGAGAUGGCGCGACGAAAAUCUCACGGCGAGCGCGGAUGAGGCGAACGCUCACGAAACACCCGCUCGAGGAUCCAUCAGCGUCUUCGCGCGAAAACGUCCGCUGUUUGAUCCAGAAAGACAGCGCGGUGAGUAUGAUGUGGUGACUGUUAAGGGAGCUUCCACCGCCGUCGUGCACAAUUGUCAGAUGCACGCCGAUUUGAAAAGGAUGUUCGUGAAGCACUGCGCGUACACGCUUUCCGGCGGCGUCUUUGACGACGCCGUCCAGGAACACGAAGUGUACGCAAAAAGUGCGGCGCCGCUCGUCGCUCAAACACUCAAGGGUAGCGUUGGGGCGCUGUUCAUGUACGGCCAGACAGGAAGCGGGAAGACGCACACCAUGGAAAACAUUGAAAAGCACGCCGUCGACGCACUCUUCUUCGGCGACUCUGGAUUGCCGGGCGCUAAAACAAUCAAAGUUUCGUACUUUGAAAUCGCGGGUAAGACGUGCGUUGACUUGCUGCAACCCGGACGCGUAGAAAUCAGACUCAAAGAGCUGUUUGAGGAGCAAGGUGAAGAGCUCACGGGUCAGAUGGAGGUUGAGCUCGUAGGCGCAAAGGAGCCCGAGGUGACGAACGCGGCUGAGCUGAAGAAAGUAAUCGACGAGGGCAAGGCUCGGAGACAAACGAGCUCAACGCAGUGUAACGCUUCUUCUUCGCGCUCACACGCCGUGAUGCGGUUGACGGUGACUCUCGCGAAUGGUUCCACCGGUCGACUCACGCUCGUUGACUGCGCAGGAAGCGAACGCAAGGAAGACAAUACACAUCACGACGAGAAGCAACGGAAAGAAACGGCUGAGAUCAACGCGAGUUUAUAUGCGCUGAAGGAAUGCGUGCGAUUCCGACGCUUGAAAUUUUCUGGAUCGGGGAGCUCAAGCGUACACGUGCCGUACCGAAACAGUCCCCUCACUCGAGUCCUAGCGGAAUGUUUCGUGCGCGACGACGCCGGCCUCGCCGUCAUCGGUACAAUGUCCCCGGCGUCCAUCGACACCGAACACUCGCUCGCAACGCUAAAAACAAUCAACGCAAUUGGAGGCAACGAUGACAACGAAGGAUAUGAGGAAAAAAGGGAAGACGUCGCUGCGACGCUUCGCAUCGAUGCCAAGACGGGCAAGGUAACGGAGGAAGCGGCAGAACGACGCAUCGCACCUGUGAAGUGGAGUCACGAAGAUGUCGUGGAUUGGAUCUCCACAGCUGCGAAGGGCGCGUUCAAUACCAAAGUCAAUGUACCGUCGACGCUCACAGGUAGCCAGUUUGUUCGCAUGUCCGCGCUCGUGUUGAAGGGCAUGUGCGGCGGCGACGAAGCGCUGGCGACCAGACUUCACAAAUGUCUCCGAGCCGAAGUCACGCGCUGUUCUGUGACGCAACGCUCGUAG